AUGAGCCCUCCUACAAGAAUUCUCACUGGAGAUAAGCCCUACAAAAGUAAGGUAUGUGAAAAAGACUUCAUUUGUAUCUCAACCUUUAAGAAUCCUGUGACAAUUAUUAGAGAAAAUAACUAUGAAGGUAACACAUGCGGGAAAGAGUCCUGUAGUUUCUUAUCCUUUGGCAGACAUGUUAGUGGUUAUAAACAUGAAUGUAAAAACUGCUUUAAAACCUACUCACCUUCGUUUCUACUUUUACCUGAAAUUUUCCAUAAUGGAUAUAAACCUUAUGAAGGUAAGGAAUGUGGGAAAGCCUUUAUUAGUUCCGCACAUCUCACUCAACAUAUAAGAACUCACAGUAUGGAGAGGCCUUAUGAAUGUAAGGAAUGUGGGAAAACCUUUAGUCAGUCAUCACAUCUCACUACACAUUUAAGAACUUACAGUGGAGAGAGACCUUAUGAAUGUAAGGAACGUGGGAAAGCCUUUACUCAGGCCUCAUCCCUCACUAUACACAUAAGAAUUCAUAGUGGAGAGAAAGCUUAUCAAUGUAAGGAAUUUGGGGAAGCUUUUAGUCAUGCCUCAGCCCUCACUAAACAUAAAAGAAUCCACAGUGGAGAAAGACCGUAUAAAUGUAAGAAAUGUGGGAAAUCCUAUAGUGAUUCCUCACAACUCACUACACAUAUAAGAACUCACAGUGGAGAGAGGCCUUAUGCAUGUAAGGAAUUUGGGAAAGUUUUUAGUCAUGCCUCAUCCCUCCCAAAACAUGUAAAAACUCAUAAUGGAUGGUUCCUCAUACCUCACAGUGGACAGAAACCAUAUACCUGUAAAGAAUGUGGGAAAGUCUUUAGACAGUCCUCAGACCUCACUAUACAUAAAAGAAUUCACAGUGGAGAGAGACUUUAUGAAUGUCAACAAUGUGGCAAAGCCUUUCAUCAUGCCUCAGCCUAUAUAUACAUAUGA